UGAUCACCGACCACCAGAGUUGGCAAGCAACUGAUGUCUGUGACCUGUAUCUAGGAGGGGCAGGUCUUUUGUUCUUCAUGCUCUGGGCAUGGCACUGCAGCACCUCACCAUCCUGGCUGGUCUUCUGGUGGGAGUCGCCAGCAAGUCCACGGAGAGCAUGGCCCAGCAGCCCGAGUGCUGUGUGGACAUGGUGGACGCCAAUGCCACCUGCCCAGGCACAAGCCUGUGUGGUCCAGGCUGCUACCGGCGCUGGAAUGCCGAUGGGAGCGCCAGCUGUGUCCGCUGCAGGAAUGGGACCCUCCCGGCCUACAAUGGCUCUGAGUGCCGAAGCCUCACUGGCCGGGGCACGCCAUUCCCCAUGAACAGGAGUGCAGGGACCCCUGGACGGCCGCAUUUUGGGGGCCCUCACGUGGCAGCCUCCCUCUUCCUGGGGACGUUCGUCGUCAGCUCAGGCCUCAUCCUGUCCGUGGCUGGGUUCUUCUACCUUAAACGCGCCAGCAAGCGCCCCAGGGUCUUCUAUGGAAGAAGCAAAGCCCCGGCCCUGCAGCCUGGUGAAGCUGCUGCGAUGAUUCCCCCACCACAGUCAUCAGUACGGAAGCCGCGCUAUGUCAGGCGGGAGCGGCCCCUGGACAGGCCCGCAGACCCUGCAGCCUUCUCGGUGGAGGCCCGCGUCAGCAACGUUUGA